AUGGAGCAGGGCAGCUAUUCUGUGUACGAUGACUUUGUCCUUCGGAACGGCCUCUUUCCCUGGCUCCUUUUUGUCCUCAUCCUCCUGGGCUUUGCCAUUUCCAUAGCCAGCAGCACCACCAUGAUCACCGUCAUCCCGGGACCCCCCCUCCACACCCCCAUGUGCUUCCUGCUCCGCCAGCUCGCGCUCCUGGACCUCCUGUACAUCUCCACCAUUGAGCCUGAGGUGCUGGUGGACUGGAUGGUGGGCCAGCGGGCCAGCUCCUGCGCAGCCUGCACUGCCCAGAACUUCCUCUACUUGACCUGGGCAGGCGCCGAGUGCUUCCUGCUGGGCCUCAUGGCCUAUGACCGCUACGUGGCCGUCUGCCACCCCCUCCGCUGUCCUGCCCUCAUGAGCUGCAAUGUCUGCUUACUCAUUGUGCUGGCAGCCUGGCUGGGAGAGUCUGUAGACGGCUUCUUGCUCACACCAGUCGCCAUGCAGUUCCCUUUCCGUGCCUCUAGGGAAAUCAACCACUUCUUCUGUGAGGUCCCCGCACUCCUGAAACUCUCCUGCACGGUCACCUCAGAUUAUGAGGCGGCCAUGUGUGUCUGCUGCAUCACCAUGCUCCUCAUCCCUUUCUCCGCCAUCUCAGCCUCUUACACAAGGAUUCUCAUCACAGUCCACAGAAUGAGUGAGGCAGACGGGGGAAAGGCAGUGGCCACUUGCUCCUCACACAUGGUAGCUGGCAGCCUGUUCUAUGGAGCCGCCAUGUACACCCACGUGCUGCCUCACUCUUACCACACCCCCGAACAGGACAAGGCUGUGUCUGCCUUCUACACUACCCUCACUGCCCUUCUCAGCCCACUAAUCUACGGCUUCAGGAACAUGGAUGUCACAGGGGCCCUACAGAAGGCGCUGGGGAGGUACUUGCCCUCAGGAAGGAUAACUGCCUUCUAA